GGGUACAUUAAUGACCAGGUCCCUGCUCACAUUUAGAAUAUCUAAACUGAAUUCCUGAAAAAACUCUGAACCAAUUUUUCAAGCUUCAUCUCAAGGAAAGACAUCCUUCCAGUUCUGGCAGAAACCUUGGAGACACCCUUAACGCCUCACCUUCUUUCCCUCUGCAGUCCGUCCAUCAGAAACCCUAAUGGCUGUCUUUACCUCCACCGCUGCCCCGCUGCCCCGCUGCCCCGGGCACUGUCCUGUCUCGCCUGCAUCAGUGCGGUGGACUCCUAGCUGACUUCCCAGCUUACACCCUCUCCCAUGGUCCAUUCUUUGCAACAUAGCCAGAGGAAUCUUUCUGAAACAAAAUUCAGGUUGUCGUCAUUCCUCUUCUCAGACUCUUCCAACAGCUGCCCUGGUAAAAAGUGCAGUCCUUCCAGCGGUCCCCCCAGCCCUGCAGAGUGUCUCCUCAGGCUCCUUCAGUGUCGUCGUCCACGGCUGCUUCAGCUCUGCGCCAGCCCUGCUCUUACCUCGUCUCUUCCCUGUGCCUAUAUGCUUGCUCUUCCCUCAGUGAUCCUCAUGGCUCAUCCUUGCGUCCGUCAAGCCUUCUGAAAUGUCACUUUGUUGAAAUUACGGACUCUGUGGGGUUUGGUACUUCAUACUUACUCUCUGAGCCAAUAAGGAAUAGAAUUAAGCCUCAAACGGAUGUGGGCCCUAAAUAUGGAUAAUAAACCUUGUUUUCAAAUAUUGCUUCUCAACGUACCUGCCAAGUUGUAGCUGCCUUUUUGCUGGUAAGCCUGAGCAUGGAGGGGCUGCUGCAUUACAUCAACCCAGCCCACGCCAUCUCUCUCCUGAGCGCCCUCAACGAGGAGCGCCUCAAAGGGCAGCUGUGCGACGUGCUCCUGAUCGUGGGGGACCAGAAGUUCCGCGCGCAUAAGAAUGUCCUGGCUGCCAGCAGUGAGUACUUCCAGAGCUUAUUCACAAAUCAGGAGAACGAGUCACAGACUGUGUUCCAGCUGGACUUUUGUGAGCCAGAUGCUUUCGACAAUGUGCUGAACUACAUCUAUUCUUCGUCUUUAUUUGUGGAGAAAGGCAGCCUUGCUGCUGUGCAGGAACUAGGCUACAGCCUGGGCAUCUCCUUUCUGACCAACAUCGCUUCUAAGACGCCCCAGGCCCCCUUUCCAACGUGUCCCAACAGAAAGAAGCCCUUCGCAGAAGAUGAUGAGAACAGUUCUCAAAAGAGAAGCGUCAUCGUUUGUCAAAGUAGAAACGAAGCCCCGGGGAAAACCGUGAGUCAGAAUCCAGCCGACCCGAGCCACCCUCCCCGGCCCUCGCCCGGCAUCGCGGUCCAGGCCAACGCCAGUAAGGCCCCCGGCCCCAACCCCACGGAACCAGCGCACCACGUGGCGGCAGCCGAGAAGAGUCGGCCGAAAGAUGGCCCCGCGGGCCUCGCCGGGCCGUCGGAGGAGCCGAGCCGAGGCGGCCUGGCCAAGCGGGCCGCGGCGCCGCCUUCGAAGCCCGCGCAGGACCGGGCGGCCGCGGACGAGAGGCCGGGCGCCAGCGCUGCGCUCCCCAGAGGCGUGGCCGUGGAGCUGGCGCUGCGGAGCCCGCGGCCGCCCGUGCUGGCUCUGCGCGGCGCCCCGGAGACGCCCUUCCUGCUGAAGGAGGCGGGCCGCGGCGGCGGGCCGGGCGAGGACCGGAACCUGCUCUACUACUCCAGGCUGGGGCUGGUGAUCCCGGCGGCGGGGCCGGCGCCCGGGGCCCAGGCCGUGGACAGGAGCGGCCCGCUCGUCAAGAGCCUCCUCCGCCGCUCGCUGUCCAUGGACAGCCAGGUGCCCGUCUUCGCGCCCGCCGCCGACCUGCAGCCCCCGCAGGGCUCCUGCUCGGCCUCGGCCGACGCGGCGGGCAGCGCGCUCGGCGCCUUCUCCCGGGGGCCGUCCUCCAGGGACGCGAGCGAGGCGGCGGCCCCCGACGCCCGGGCCCCGGCCCCGCAGCCGCACCGCCUCCGCUCCUUCAGCGCCUCUCAGCCGGCCGAGCGGCCGGGGGCGGCCCCCGGGCCCGAGGUGCGGGUCAAGGCCGAGCCGCGCAGCCCCCCGGAGCCCGGCGACAUCAUCCGCGUCACCGUGGGGGACGCCGCGGCCGCCACGAGGGACCUGGUCCCGCAGGCGGACGACGACCGGCAAGACGCGAGCCGACUCCCGGCCAAGAGGCGGUUCCAGGCGGACAGGAGGCUGCCGGCCAAGCAGCCGAAGGCCGAGGGCCGGGGCUCGCCGGACGCGGGAGACCCCGGCGAGGAGCGCUCGGGCCCGCCUCUCCUCGAGGCCGACUUCCCGGGUUCUGGCUUGAGCAAGGCCGAAUUCGCUGAGUUGGAGGGAGCGAGACCAAACAAAAAAUUUAAGUGCAAACACUGCCUUAAGAUCUUUAGAUCCACGGCCGGCCUUCACCGGCACGUGAACAUGUACCACAACCCCGAGAAGCCCUACGCCUGCGACAUCUGUCACAAGCGCUUUCACACCAACUUCAAAGUGUGGACGCACUGCCAGACGCAGCACGGCAUCGUGAAGAACCCGUCGCCGGCCGCCAGCUCGCACGCCGUUCUGGACGAGAAGUUCCAGAGGAAGCUGAUCGACAUCGUGAGGGAGCGGGAGAUUAAGAAGGCCCUGAUCCUGAAGCUGCGGCGCGGCCGGCCCGGCUUCCAGGGCCCCGGCGGCUCCCCUGCGCAAGCCAUCAAGAGGAGCCUGAGGUCCCGGGCCAAAGGCGCGCACGUGUGCACGGCCUGCGGGAAGGCCUGCCGCUUCCUCUCCCAGCUCAAGCAGCACGUGAAGAUGCACCCGGGAGAGAAGGCCCUCGGGGCCGGCAGGGCCGCCAGGCCCAGGGAGCGCGCGGCGCCCGGGGGCCCGGCGGGCGGCGGCUCGGAGCUCUACCUGUGCCGCCUCUGUAACGCCAAGCUCUCUUCUCUUCUAGAGCAGGGGAGCCACGAGCGCCUGUGCCGCACGGCCACCGUGUGCCCCUACUGCAGCCUCAGGUUCUUCUCGCCCGAGCUCAAGCGCGAGCACGAGGGCAAGUGCGAGUACCGCAAGCUGACCUGCCUGGAGUGCAUGCGCACCUUCAAGUCGGCCUUCAGCAUCUGGCGGCACCAGGUGGAGGUGCACAACCAGAACAGCAUGGCCCCGGCCGCGGGCGCCUCCCCGCCACGGCCCGACCUCAACGGCGAGGCCAGCGGCCCGGCCCGGCCGCAGGCCCUGCCCGAAGCCGGCCGGGUCGACCCCGCCGCGGCCGCCGCCGCCACCACUGCCGCCGAAGACGACCCCGCGGGCGGCCACGGCCCCGAGCCUGUGAACUUCGACCCGGAAGACUCGCCCUGCCUCCCCGAAGACCUCAGCCUCUCCAGGCCGUUGAAGGUCCAGGUCAAAGAGGAGCCGGCGGAGGGGCCCGAGGAGGAGGUGCCCGAGCCCGGCGCCGCCCCCAAGGACCUGUGGCCGUGCGAGAAGUGCGGCAAGACCUUCCCGGCGCCCAAGCAGCUGGAGCGGCACCAGGAGCUGCUGUGCUCCGUGAAGCCCUUCAUCUGCCACGUGUGCAACAAGGCUUUCCGCACCAACUUCCGGCUCUGGAGUCACUUCCAGUCCCACAUGGCUCAGGCCGCCGAGGACCCGGCGCACCGGGAGCCCGAGGUGGGCCCGGGCCCCACCGGCUCUCCGUCGCCGCCCCCUCUGCCCCCGCCGCUGCCCAAGAUCCAGCCCCUGGAGCCCGACAGCCCCACGGGCUUGCCCGAGAACCCGGCUCCCAGCGCCGACAAGCUCUUCGCGGCCCGGGAGUCAGACACGCUGUUCUACCACGCGCCACCCCUCUCCGCGAUCACGUUUAAAAGACAGUUUAUGUGCAAGCUUUGCCAUAGGACAUUCAAGACGGCGUUCAGUCUCUGGAGCCACGAGCAGACCCACAGCUAAAAGGCCGCCCGCCUCACUCCUGGGAGACCGGAGCCCCUCACCAGAUUUCAGCCUGUGUCCUGAACUGUGUCAUAAGGAACAAAGUGUCUUUCCGAAAGGAGUAAUAAAGGUUGCAAACUGUCAUGCUUGAAUAUAAGUUUGAGGUAAACUGAUGUUCAUCAGCAGUGUCCUUACUCAACCUAGAAAAACUCCAAAAAACCUUGUGCUCCUGAACCUUACAGUCACAGGAUGACUUGACUUCAUUACUGUUGAAAUUUGUUCUUGGUCGUUUGCAUGGUUCCUCAUUCCAUGGUAUCAGUAUAAUCUUUUACUUGAGGUGGUUUGGGUUUUUUUGUUUUUACUGAUUUGCAAUUAGUGAAACACUGUUCAAGUAUUUCUUCUUUUGAUUCUCUUAAGACGCCUAAGUUCUGGUUAAAUCUCAGCCGUGUUUGUAAGUCGAAAAUGUAUCGGAACGAAGUGGAGUAGUUUGCAGUAUUAAGAUCUUAGAAUACUUAAGCAAUAAAAAAUGAUAAACCUCAACUUUAAUAAGUUAUCCUGACACUUGAUAAAAAUAAAUAUUUGGUAUUUGUGGUCA